AUUAGCUUAAUAUGACAUAAAACUUCAGCACAAAAUUUGGACUUACUACCUUGGUCACAACGAUCAUGUGGUGUGGUUAGUUUGCUUUUUAAGGACUUUAUUUUUAUAGUACGUGACAUUUUGAGUAAACAAGGAAAAAGUGUGAUUAAACACGGAAUUCAGCGUUUGUGUACUUGGGUGGUUUGUUUUGAAAACGUUUAAGUCGAUCGUCUUGGUGUGGCUGGUAAAAAGAUUUACUGACUAUAGAUUUGAAGGGUAGAGCUUCCUCGGAAUAGCAUCGACAGGCAAAUAAGCAUUUACUGUUGGACAUAAAAUAUUUCAGCUGUCCGUAUUUGUUGAUGAAAAUAUAGAUGACGCUAGUGUACUUUUGGUUUUUUGCAUUGAAUUUUCUCUUGUACGACGUUUUGGGUGAGAAAGGCAAACUGACAACAGAUGGAGACAUCAUAAUUGGUGCAUUGUUUCCAGUCCAUAUGAUCGGCAAAAACGAGCUAGAAUGUGGUGCAUUCAACGAGUUGGUGGGAUACCAAUACAUGGAAGCGAUGUUAUAUACUCUGGAUAAAAUCAACAGGCGAAAAGAUAUAUUGCCUGGCAUCAAACUCGGUUCGAUUAUCUAUGACACUUGUCGAAGUCCAACAAUCACUGCGGAUAAAACAAAAGAAUUCAUUAAAGUGACACUGAAACCAUCCAAGAUUAACAGUUCGGAAUUUGCUGGUGUAAUGGGCGCAUUUGUUAGUGAUAACUCAGUAAUAGUGGCUAACUUUCUGAGAGUGUUCCGUAUACCUCAAAUCAGUUACGGAUCUUUGACCGUUAAACUCAGUAAUAAGAUCGUGUAUAAGUAUUUCCUUCGCACUGUUCCUCCCGAUAGCUUCUUUGCUGCUGCACUCACCAAGCUGCUCUUGAAAUUGGAUUGGACUUUCGUCUCCCUAGUCUACUCUACAGGAACGUGGGCGGAGACUGGUGCACAGGAAUUGCGGAGCGCUUUGAAGCGCAGCAAGAUUUGUGUUGAGAAGGAUAUCAAGCUUGCACGAUUUCCAAAAAAAGAAGAAAUAGACAAGGUCGUCGAAGAUUUGACAGAUGAUGAUGACCGACCGCGGGUCGUUAUUCUCUACACGAUUCAAAGAGAUUCCCAUGAAAUAUUGAAAGCGAAGAAACGACACCCACGCGGCUCGAGAUUGACGUUUGUUGGCAGUCUAGAAUGGAGUAAUCGUAGGGACAUCACACAAGGCGUAGAGGAUAUUGCUGAUGGAACUAUAGCGUUCGGUCAUCGAGAGGGAAAGAUUCCUGAAUUCGAGACGUAUUUUCGUAAUCUAAGGUUUAAUAACUACAGCAGAAAUUACAACGAAUGGAUUGGAGAAUAUUGGCAACUCACUUAUAAAUGUAAAUUGAAGAAUUUUACAAUUCCCACUAGUUACAGCAAAGAAUGUAGCGGCGACGAACCAAACACGGGUUAUAAGGAAAUGGCGCCCGUCCAAGUCGUUAUAAAUGCUGUCCAAGCCAUGGCAAAUGGUCUUGAUGCGUUGCAUAAAUACAAAUGUCAGGGAAAACCGGGAGUUUGCAAUGAGAUGCGUCCCAUAGAUCGAACAUUGCUUUUAAACUAUCUCCACAACGUCACAUACGUUGAUGCAGCAUUCCGCUUUCCGGUGUCGUUUAAUUCAAAACAGGAAGUCGAUGGUAACUACACGAUAUUCAACUUCCGCAAGACCAAAGGUACUUCAUAUGAUUAUGUGAAAGUGGGAUCCUGGGUAAGUAAGCUAAUAUCUGGUGAUAUCGUGGGAGAUUUGCUUUUCAAUGAAUCAAAUGUUCGCUGGAUGAACGGUAGCACGAUUCGACCUCUGUCGACUUGUAGACCGCACUGCAAGCGCAACCAAAUUAGCAUAUUGCGUGAGGACGCGUGUUGCCAUGAAUGUCAGACGUGUGAAACGAUGGAUAUUGUUGUAAACAACACGUGCAAGACAUGUGCCGAAGGUUAUGUACCAAAUGCAAACAUUUCAAGUUGCCAGAAACUUCCGCUGCACUUCGUGAACAUGAACACAGCUCUUGCUGGUAUAAUAACAUUCUUUGCUUGCCUGGGAAUUGCUGUCGAUGCAAUCGUGUUUGUGAUUUUCAUAAAGAAUUCGGAAAAUAAACUGAUUAAGGCAUCAGGUCGCGAGAUGUGUUACUUGAUGUUUGGGGGGAUAGCAACCAUAUUUGCAGUACCGCUGACCUCUUUAUCGAAGCCAACAAGUGUUCGCUGUUACAUUGAACGUUUCGUCAUGGGCAUGUCGUUUACUGUUUGCUAUGCACCACUUCUCAUGAAAAUGUUUCGUAUUCAUCGUAUCUUUAAACAUGCCAAUCAGCUGCGCCGUCUGUCUCAAAGAAAUAUGAUCAGCAGACAAUCUUUGCUCUUGAUCACGACAGGCCUGGUCGCAAUUCAAGGAUUAUUCUGUGCACUCGUCUUCAGCUCGGACCCUCCUCGAUUGAUAGAGAAGUAUGAUGCAAAGACGAAAGAACUGCUUCUCGAGUGUGACUUCAAGAAUUCCACGUUCGUCAUCUACUUUAUGUACAACGGUGUGUUGAUCGCGUGGUGUACGUUCUACGCUUUCCGCACUCGUCAAUUCCCGAAGAAUUUCAACGAAGCUCUAUACAUAGGAAUUACGAUGUAUCUGACAUGCGUGGUAUGGGCCAUAUUCUUUGCAACAUUUCUCAACGCAAACAACAGCAUUUCCCGCGUUUACUGGCAAUCGUCGACUAGCCUUGUGAUUGGCUGGGUCACUCUUUUGGGUUUAUUUGUGCCGAAGAUCUACCACUUAUACACCAAAACUGAGAUUCCCAAUGAUAGAUUGCUCGCCUGGGGUACAGGCACCUAUCCUGCAAUGGAGGGUUCCAUGGAUAACAAAGGCUCGUGUCGACGUUGUCUUGAGAUGGACGAAAACGUUAAAAAGAAUGAUUCGCCAAUUCCUAAAGUUCUUGGUGCUAUUUCGUCCAGUUAGUAUAGAAUUAGGACUCAAGAAAAAAUACUUAUCGUAGUUAUCGCGAUUUUAAAAGAUUCUUCCAACCAAGGUUGCUGGCGUUUUAUCAUCCAUUUAUGAUUGGACUAGGACUUGCAAAGAACUACUUGACUAGCAGUUAGUGUAGUUUUAGAGGAUUGUAUUUUUUAUAUUGCUAUUGAUUGGUGACAUUAGUUGCCUUGUCGAAUUUAUAAACACGUAGUUUAUUGUACAUGAAAUAAGUUCAUCUUUAUAAUUAAAUUAUUUGAUGAACAUA